CCGUGCGGUCAAUCAAAGCAGACGUCCCCGCCCCUCCCGGUGGCGCCGCGGAGGUACGGGAGGCGCGAAGAGAAAUUCUGCCUGGCAACUAAUUACGUUAUCGAAGGAUAGCUUGUUAUUGGGUAGAACACAGAGGGCCUGCACCCCGGGGCUGAAAUGACCCUCUGAGGGCACGGCAGAAAAUGAUAAAAGUUACGGGCAAGCAGCUGCGGCAGCCCCAGGGCGGGAAGAGGCAAGCGGGGGGAGAAGCCUCCACUUCCUGCCCGUGAGGCCGCGGAACGCGAUGUUCCGUGCGGAAGGGCCCUGGCUCCGUGCGCCCUGCUGCGCAUGCGCGCGGCGGGAGCUGGGCCUGGCGCGGCCUGCGCGUCCUCGGCUUUUGGGUCACGCUUCCCUCAGGGCUCGGGGCGGGAGCGGGGUUGCACCGGGCUCCGGGGCCACAUCGGGCUCCGGGGUCGCAUCGGGCUCCGGGCCGUGCUGCGGCAGCCUCACAGUCGGCCACGAAGCCGGGUCAGCAGGGCGGGAACAGGCGGUGUGCGAGGCCGCUGUCACCCUGCGGGAGUGGAGCUGCGCUCCUUCCGUGGCCGGGCAGGCGGCUGAUCCGCUCUGCUUUCCUCCAGUGCACUCUUUUCCGUGUGUUUGGCCGUGUUAAUAUACUCACGGAGAAAGCUCUCUUGCUUGCUGAUUUCUUAGCUGCGUUCUCCUUCCUCCGCUCCUCUUUGUUAAUUUUUGUAGCCUUUCACACUGCACUAGGUUAAUUUCUUUAUUUGUUUGUUCUUAUUUUUUAAAUAUUUCUACAAAGCUCUCCCUUGGCUACUAUUAAACUAUUUAUAUUCCCUAUUUUUAUUCUAUUAACUGAUUUUCUGUCUUCUUUAAGCAGUCCAACUGAGUGCUUUGAGUGGGAGCCUAAAAAGGGGACCAGGAACCUUCUUGGAUUUUUCACUCCUUGCAACCACUUUGAAAGAUCUGUGCCAUCAGAAAGCAUGCCAUUAAUAGCAAUCUUAAUUUAAAAAUACCUUUUUUAGCCUAUCAACUUUGCUGGGUUGCACUUUGGAUUGUUUAUUCUGGAACAGAGAAUGUGCUUACUGUGGAAAGCUUGGGAAGAAUGGAAUAAUCAUAAAUACAUCUGUAUUUGGCUUAUAAUUUUGACCAUUGUACGUACAUUCCAAGGAUCCAAAAAAAAAAAGUUUUCCAAGUUUUAUUUUAAUGUCAACAUUUUAUUUUAAUGUGACUGCUUAGAAGACAAUUCUUUUACCUUUCCUGGGAUAAAUUACCUGUUACAUGUCUAGCUAGGCAAGCAAAUAACAGAAAAUUAAUGAGAACCUAAAGCUAAAUCAACAGAGUCUUCUAUGCACAUAAUGUUGUUUCUGUGAUAAAAACAUGGAGGGGAGGUCACUAGCCUGAGUGGGCAGACUUCAAUUGUUGAUAAUGGCUUGCAGUAAAAUAUAGUGACGGAGUCACUGCUGUUCCUUUAAAAAGGAAAAAAAGAAUUAAUCCUAGGUUUCAUUAUUGCUUUCCCCAUUUUCCAUCCCCAAAUCCUCCAUCACAUAAAACAGAUGUGGGCUAUUGAUGUUCUCCAUCACUUAUGUCUAAAUAGCUUACCUCCUCUUUCAUCUUUUCUGCCUUCCACUCCAUCCUCCAAGAAAUUCACUUGUCUCUGUGUUGCUCCAUUUUUGCAAUCUUUGCAUUAUCCUUUGUUGUCUAUUUGUAAUAUUGCCCCCGUUUACUGACAGGUCUCCAAGCGAAGGCUUUGAGGCCCCAUUAUGAUGUACUUGAGGUUUAUUGAUCGUGGCUGCGGUGUGGUGGUAUCCAUCAGCAUUUACUGAGGUCACAAACACCCCCGGGAUUUUACUCUGGGAUUGCUGCAUAGAUUAUGUUGGAAAUGAGAUUUUCAUUGCUACUGAAAAUUUCUUCUUGGAAUAUGCAUAUCUCCUUCCUGCUUGCUGCUUUCAUAUUAGCACCCCAUUCCUUUAUCCCAUUCCCUCAUUUCCUACCUCUGCAUGCAUGUGUGCACAGAACUCUUAAUGGACUUGUAUCCUCUCUAUUGCUUUUACCCCACUAUAUUUUUUUUACCCAAUCUAUCUUUUUCUCUGCCUGGCUUCUCACAGGUAUAAGUUGUUCCUCUAGCAGCAUUGACAGUGAUAGAUUAAGGAUGGAAUGACUUACCUGCACUUUGUAAUCCAAACAGAAUCUCAGUCUGCUGUUAGCAGUCCACAGGGGUUGCUGCUGAAUAAAUUGGAAUGCUGGUAGCUGUGCCUGCUGAAGCUUCUCUCAUCUUGAAUACAUGAGAAAGACGGAAAGAGGAGCCCUGUGGAUUUAAACAAAAAAAUAAUCCAACAAUAGAAGGUGAUACCCUUACCCUAGAGAAGUGUUUAUUAGGUUAAAUCCUGUAUUUAGCAGCUAAGGAGGAAUAAAGCACUCUUUUCAUUCACACAUUUAAUUUUUCCCUCAAAUGAAGCAAAAUAAUUUUGCGUGGGAAGUGCCCCUUCCCCAUGUGAGCAGGAAAAGUUUCCCUGUCAGCCACAAGGCCCUUAAAUUGGAAGUCACAUUCCCUUAGGCAGUGGUCACAAACCAGCGGUCAAACUGCACGUGUGUGUGGCUCACAUUUCAUCCGACUGCAGAAGGCAGUGGUGGUGGAACUGCAUCUCCAGCAGGAGUGGCAAGGAAUUUCAGACACCAGCUUCUACUAUAUUACAACAGGGAGGAAAAUUAUGGAACACAGACUGUUCAGGGCAAAGAAGAUGUAAGAUGGCAAUUAAGAAAUUUAAGAUUCAUCAUCCUCUGACCACAUUGGUGGAAUAUGGAGGGGGUUUGACACUGCACAGAGGUUGAUUGUGUGUUACACGAAAUGGAUGCAAGUUUUCAGCUCCUUGAAACUGCUUCAUCAGUCACAAGUUCAAACUGUGAUCAGGCAAGAGAUAAACUGCUGAAACUAUUUCAGAGUUGAAUGGUCUUGCAGGAAUGAGGAAAGAUUUAAAGCAAUAGACCUAAGAAAAAAUUUGUAAUGUGAGACCCCAGCUAGGAGAAGGCUGAUUAGAUUGGGAUUAAUGUUUGUGAUGAUACAUCUGAGGAAGUUGUCUCUGUGGUGUUUAAAAUCCCUAAAGAUCAGUUCUUACAAAUGCUGUGGGCUCCUGAGGGACAGCAAUCAAGGACCAUCAGGAAAAUUAACAUUAACUCCUGUGAAAGGCUGCUUGUUUGCAAUCAUUUAGUGAUUUAGGAAGCUGAUGUUUGAAACAAGGGGUAGAAGUGAUGCCUGACAAUUCAGCUGCAGGGAAACAAAAUUGGUUUGCAGCAGAAAUACAGCAUUGCAAUACUGCAUAUGAAGUGUGAUGUACAUUCAUGACUUUACAUUUUAUUUACAUAUGCAGUUACAUUCUUGAAUCGGAUUUAUGGGUCAAAGGAAAAGCUGGGAAGUAUCUGUUCUCAUCCUUUGGUCACAGUCCCAGCUGUUAACUUUGCACUCUAACCCAAGAUUUCUUAGAUUAAAAAGCAACCAAGGUUUUGUGAUACAAUAGAAAUGAUCUUUUGGGGAAGGCAGGUGCUGCAAAUGUGAGCUCUGAUUUUUCUAGCUUGAUUAAUUGAUCCUAGAAGUGAAGAAAGAUAAUCGAGUUGCCUAAAUGGAAGACUACAGGAAGGAAAUCUCUGCUCUUGCUACCUGUUCUAAACUUCUUAAGAGAAUGGACAGACACUUAAGUGUUAGCUUGUCCAGCAGUAUUCACUUGGGAUCCCCUCAGGUCUUGAUGGCAUAUUUCCCUCCUCCCCCCCUCUGGAGCACUGAAUACUUGAUGUGUCUGGCAACAUUUGAGGAAGGCUGCUCAAAGUCCCCUCACUGUCUGUUUUUGAUACAGUCAAGAGAAAGAAAAUUGUAGUGGAGAGAAUACAGUGGUGUGGGGUGUUCUCCUUCUGGCAAUAUCAGGACCAAGGAAAAAGAACUGCCCAAGAAGCAGAGGAGUAGAUCUUAGUCAUCUGGAUUUAAGAAGAACCAUGUCUCUUCCCCGCCAACUGCGAGAAAAGAGUGAUUUUGACCAGCUUCCAGAUGACGUACCUGUUUCAGCUAAUAUUGCAGAUAUUGAAGAGAAGAAAGGCUUUACUAAUUACUACAUGUUUGUCAUUGAAGUAAAGCUUAAAGGGGGUGGCAGGUACCUGAUUUUCCGGCGCUAUCGUGAGUUCUAUGCCCUUCACACCAAACUGGAGGAGAGAUAUGGGCCAGAGAGCAGUAACAGCCCAUUUACCUGCACCCUCCCUGUACUGCCAGGAAAAGUUUUUGUUGGUGCCAAAAGGGAAAUUGCUGAGAACAGGAUUCCUAUCCUAAAUGUCUACAUAAAGAACCUACUCUGCCUCCCUGCCUGGGUGUUGAUGGAUGAGGACGUACGGCUGUUCUUCUACCACUCAACCUUUGAUGGUGAGCAGGUGCCUCACAGACUGAGGCGGCUUCGCCCACGGACACGCCGGGUUAAGAGCAUUUCAGAUCCAGUGCCUACUUUUGACCGCACCGCAGCUCCGCGGGCUGAGGCACUGUUUGAUUUUCCUGGAACCAAUAAACUGGAACUCAGCUUCAAGAAGGGAGAUUUGAUCUAUCUCCUCAGCAAAGUAAACAAAGACUGGUUGGAGGGAACUGCUGAUGGUGCCACUGGAAUUUUCCCAUGUGCUUUUGUGAAGAUCAUAAAAGAUUUACCACAGCAGGAAGACACAGUUAAUAAAGUUCGCUGUUAUUACUAUGAUGAGACCAUGAGCACUAUCAGGGAUAUCUCAGUGGAAGAGGAUCUGAGCAGCAUUCCAUCAUUCAAAGACCUAAUGGAAUUGAUGAGGCAGGAGUUUAACCAAGAUGACAUUGUUUUGAAUUACCGGGACCCUGAUGGUGAUCUGAUCCGCUUGCUCUCCGAUCAGGAUGUUGAACUCAUGGUGUCUCAGAGCAGAAGAAGUCCCUCUGAGAAGCACUUUUUCCCUUGGAAGUUGCACAUCACUCACAAAGAUGACUUGGGUGUCUACAACACUAGUCCAGGAACAGAUGCUACUGAAAAACAGUAGGAGCAAUAUAAGUGCUAUACAGAUAUCCCUCUCUGCAGGCAAUUUCCUUCAAUGUGUCUUUGAAGGGUCCUUGAAAUUAGUAAUUUUUACUAAUAAUUAUCUUUUGGUGUAAAAUCUGAACUUAGUUAACUUCUUCAGCUUUUCAGCACUCACCUGCAAUAGAGACAUCUACAUAGAGACCAGAGAAGGUGAGGAAUAGAGAAAUAAAAUCAUGGGCCAUGUUCACAAAGCAAGUCAGUGUCAGCCUGCUAUAGAGGUCUCCUGAGCCCCCAGACCUGCUCUAGUCUCUGCUUUCACUCCCAAGGCUAAUUACUUGUUCAGAAUAUCUUCAUAAGAUUUUCUUUUUUUUCUAGACUCCCAUAAAUUUCUCUUCAUUUGCUGAUCUGAAGGUUUGUGUGCCAGUAUGUAAUUAUUUCUCUCAUGUUGGAAUCUGACUGGAUGUUCAGAAUUUGUCCUAGGAGCAUCAAGAAAACUUUUUUUGGAUUUCAGUGAAGAAAUUGCAGCCCAUCUUAGCUUUCUUCUUUUCCACUGACUGGUGGAAAAUAUUGAAUUCUGUGAAUCAAACCUAGUAUAUCUGUGGUGCUCCUUACAGACCUUUUUAUAACUGUACAGUCUACUUAUUUUCACGUUCUGGGAAAAUGUGUGGGAUAUCUACUCAAACAGCAAUUUCUAUCUUCUGCUUUCUGACACUGCAUUUCAAAGCUGAACUAACAAGAAAUUACUGUAUCAGAUUCUUCAACAAAUAAAGUUAAAUAUUAGUUCAUCAA